CUCACGUACGCGCGCACACUGCAGACAAAAUAUAAGGUAGGUACCACCGCCGCCGCCGCCUCGACAUGACCGAAUCCGGAGUGGCCGUCCGCCGGCCGCUGUCGCCCAGAAAGUUUUUCGCCAUGUUGUACGAGACGGACGCUGAUGUCGCCGCUGCCGCCGAAGACGUCCGUCGUCCACACCACGGCCGCGCCGGCGAUGUCCCACUACAUCAGUGGUACGGACUAAGGCGGCCGUCCGUCCCGGUGCAGCUCGCGGCGGCCGCCGCCUCGGAAACGUCACUGCAGCAGCACACCGUCGUCGUCGUCCGGCCGACCGCCGCGUACGUCGAACACACGUUCGCCGCCGGCUUGACCGCUUUUCUCGAGAGGAGGCGACGGAAAGAAGGCCGGGCGCCCCGGCGGCAGAGGACCACGUUCAGUCCGGAGCAGACACUGAGCCUGGAAAUGGAGUACAGGAACAACGAGUACGUGUCACGGAACAGGAGAUCGGAAUUGGCCAACGCGUUGGAUUUAUCCGAAACGCAGGUGAAGAUUUGGUUUCAAAAUCGCAGGGCCAAGGACAAGAGGCUGGAAAAGACCCAUUACGACCAGCAGAUCAGGCAGAUGUUCCAGCAAAACGGAUUCAUUUUGCCAAAGAUUUAACGGUGGGUCAAGCGUGGUCGACGAUAACGAUAUAAUACAAUAAACCUACCUCGGAAUAAUAUUGUCACCAUAUCGCUGUUAAACCGUGCUGUACAUAUAUGAUAUAUAUAUAUAUAAAUUAUAUAAAUAUAUUAUAUUGUAUCCGGCCGACGAAGAUGGCGCCGAAAUCUCGCAAGACGAAAAGGGCGGAAUCCGUGAAAUAAGAUAGACGUAUUAUAUUACAUAUAUUAUUAUUAUUAUUAUUAUAUAUUAUAUUAUGCCGAGACGUCGUUGUCAUCCAUCUAUUUGAUCGUGCGAAAAGCAACGAAUUUCUCAAAUGUCUAAUAUUAUUAUUAUUAUUAUUAUUAUUAUUAUUAUUAUUAUUGUUUACGAGAGAUCUCUCCUCACGCCGUUUAUGACUAUUUUAUUUUAUUAUAUAGGUAUUGUAAUAAUAUUAUGUAUAGGUAUGAAGAGUGAAAAUAUUACGUAUGUUUAGGGUCUUACUAGGUAUUCGAAACUAAAUAUUAUAUUUCGUAAACACACGGGACGUUGCAAACGGUCGAUUUAAAUGCUUGUCGUUUUGGCCGCGUUGACUGUACGCUAUAAUAAUAUAUUAUAAAGCAUGUUAUUCACGCGUAUAAACUGUGUAGUUACAUUAUAUCAUUACUAUUAUACAUAAUUUAUGUGUAUAUAAAUUCCAUUAUACAUAUUAUAGUAUUAUACUCUCGAUUGUGUCACGUAUGAUGAGGUGUAAUAGCGUAAUAUAUACCGACUAUGGAUAAUUAUUAAUUAAUACCCAUCACAUGUUCACCUAUAUAUACUAUCUAGUCGUACGAUAUUGUUUUGUCUUUUUAAGCUACCGAUGCAGUGUAUGUAUAAUAUAAUAAACCACUCGAAUAAAUCAAAUUAAGCCUAUAUAGUUUUUAACACCACCCACGUACCCAUCAUCAUAUAGGUAUAUUAUCAUUGUGAAAUGUUGACACGUGCGAUCGUAUAAAGAUAUAAGUGGUGACGACUCAUUGGCGCACAUAAUAGUCGUUGAUGUGAGGGGCUGUUUAUUAGCAACCCCGGCCGAAGUCUCAAUAUGUAGAAACGGGAUGGGUAAUGUGGGCAACUGUCAUAGGGUAAAAUUGUUACCUCUUAUUACAUUAUAAUAUAUAUUAAUAUUAUGAUCGCAUUGUAUAUUAUAAAAUAUGUAGAUAAAAUUAUUGACAACUAUAUACCGCAUAUUUCUUUCUUAGUAUAUAAUAUACUUGUUAUAAAUUAUG